UCUGCAUGUCUGGGCACAAUAUGUUGUAUGUAAUGAUAUUUUUCCAUAUCACAAUGCAUGACACAAUGCAUACAUUAUAAUGUCACACUGAGAUACGCUCUGCCAUAGUGAUAUAUUUGAGAGAUUCUUUAAGACUCCACAUCUGCACCAAUGUUUAUAUCAAGAGGAAUCUGUCAUGAAAGAUGCAGAUACCCAUGUCUCCACUGACAGAAGCCUCAGUAGACCAUAAUGCAUUGCAAACACAUGACAUGUUGCAUUUUGAGGAUGGUUAAAGCUAUUUUUUAUAAAGCAGAUUUGAGAAAAAAUUUAUCUAUCAACAAGUAAAUUGGAGCCCUUCAUAACAAAACAAACAUGAUACCUCAGUCCUCAAAGUUGUUCCUGUAUUUGUAUGUAAGUAUUCCUGUAUUUCUGUUCUAUUUCUGCUCUCAAAACAUUUGCUUUUGUUCCAGCUCUUGUGUGUAGUGUAGGCCUUACAAAGAGGUGUUGUGAAUAGCGACAGGUUUCCCAGCAGCAUUCAAAUGCUCUUCCUACUUAUCUGUCUGGCAAAAGUUGCAAAUAGACACCAUGCCCCAACGAAGGACGUGAGACAGCUGUUUCUAUAAAUAACCUCAACCCUCUUACCUACCACGAGACCCUCGAGCCUCAUUCCUGCCUCACCACAGCAAGCCCCGUCCCAGACAAAUACACAACACCCAGACAGACAGAAACAGAGGAUAUCAACAACGCAGCUAAAAGAGGAGGCAAAACACUGACACGCAGAGCUGUUUGAUAGCAGCUCCUACCAAGAAAUUUAGAUCUGUUGGUACAAGCGGCGAGAAAAACCAGGAAACAUGAAGUCUCUGCGAUUCCUUGCUGCUGAGGGUUUCAUUCAGACUGGUCCAACUGCUCUGGAGAACCUCAACUGUGUGUCUUUCAAUCUCUACCCAGUUCUCUUCAAGGCCUGCUACCUCCAUGAACAGGCUGACUUACUGCGCGCUCUGGUCCAAGCAUGGCCUCUUCCCGAGGUCAACCUACAAAGGCUCCUGGGAAAGACAGUUGACUGUCAGUUGAACCUCACCUCACGCACCUGCCGGCUUUGUCUGGAGGCAAUUGUGAAGGGGUUAAAGGAUUAUGUGCUGUCUCCUCCAAGAACUUAUGCCAAGUGCCUUCAUGUGGUGGACCUCACUUCCCUGAAAGACAUCGAGUACCAGGACUGCCCCUGCCGGUCCACCCUGGGUCGGUGGGCAAGAACCCAGCUCCUGACCCAAAUGUGCUAUGAGACCAUGGUGGCCAUGCAAGCCAACGAUGUGUCCCAAUCUGCCUUCGACACAUCCAUUGAUGUCCGUCUGAACGGCUUUGUCACAGGCCGCAACUAUGAGCUAGUGGCUCAGGCCUUCCUCCUCCUCCGCUACUGCCCACUGAAACUUCGUUUUGUUGGUUUUCGGGGUGAUUCCCUCGCUCUUAAGCAGCUCUUCUAUGUUCUUCGACUAGCAGAGCCCGAGUCCAUCGCAAAACUAGAGGUGGUCCACAAUGUUCCCCUGGAGGCCACACACCUGGAGGUUCUGCUGUCCAAGGUGGAAUUCCCUAAGUUACAGUCUCUGACCCUGCCGGCCGGGGCGUUGGAUAUUAGGAGGUUGGGUUUUGAUGAUGAUGAUCUGCUGGCCACCAUCGGCAACCUGCUGGCACAGCUGAGCAGCCUGACUGAGCUCUAUGUGGGAUUCUCCACUCUUACUGGACACCUACGCAGACUCCUGAGUCCUCUCAACACUCCUCUGCAGUGCUUGGAGUUGGCCAACUGCUGCCUGAACCGUGUGGACAUGACAUACCUGGCCAACAGCCUCCACAGUGAGGCCCUGGUCCGCCUGGACAUCAGCGGACAUGACAUCUUUGGCUCUUUCUCCACCUGUUUCCACAAACUGCUCGGCCGCUGCUCAGCCACAUUGGCCAGCCUGGCUCUUGAAGAAUGUAACAUCGAGGACGAGAACAUGGACGCCUUCACUAAUGCUCUGACAUGCUGUCAGGAGCUGGAGGAGCUCAAAUUCCUGGGAAAUCCUCUGACUUCUGCAGCCCUGCGAAGGUUAUUCUCCAUGUUAUCUGCAGGUUUUCCUAAGUUAAGGUACAUAGAGGUACCAGUUCCCCGUGAGUGUUACUCUGAGGAUGUUACUUAUCCUCUUGAUGAUUCAGUCCUACUGCGAUACAACGGGGAUUUGUUUCAACAGGUCAGGGGCCAGCUGAUGGGCAUCCUGGAAGGAGCUGGUAGGGGGAGUGUGGAGGUGUGCACCCCCCUCACAGGCGCCUAUGAUCCAGACAUUAAUGAAACCAGCAAUGAGCUGGGAGUAACUAUGUUGAAGUCUUUUAACAGUGUACUUGGGAACUUUAUAGGUACCAUAACUGAUGUGAACAACAGGAGAUCACAGGCUCAGCCUGAUAAUUAAUGAGGUUGCCUGUAGAAGGAUCAAUUGAAUGGACUGGCAGAAAACAGUCAGAUUUAAUUUAGUCAUAGUGCUAGUACAGGUUGCUAGCACAGGUUGCUAGCAAACUGUCAUCACUAAAGGACAACACUGCGAAAAUAAAUCUAGUGAGCUAGAUUUGUUUGACUAAAGAUUCACGCAGGAAUUCCUUUCCUGACAACAUAGCAUCUCAACAGCUGUGCAGUGCAAAUAGAUGUAGCUCCUGCAGUGAUUAUGUUAGAUACUCAGAUAUUUUGUUACCUGUAUCUAUUGUAGAUGUUUUUAUGUCUAUAUUCAGGUUUAAAUAUUGUAUA